AUGUCUGGACGUGGGAAAGGUGGAAAGGGCUUGGGGAAGGGAGGCGCUAAACGCCACCGCAAGGUCCUGCGCGACAACAUCCAGGGUAUCACUAAACCCGCCAUUCGGCGCCUGGCCCGCCGCGGCGGCGUCAAGCGCAUCUCCGGCCUCAUCUACGAGGAGACCCGCGGGGUCCUCAAGGUGUUCCUGGAGAACGUGAUCCGCGACGCCGUCACCUACACGGAGCACGCCAAGCGCAAGACUGUUACCGCCAUGGACGUGGUCUACGCGCUCAAGCGCCAGGGACGCACCCUCUAUGGCUUCGGCGCUUUCCCGGGCACCCUAACGUUCAAGGUGGCAGUAAGGCAGCUGGUGUGGGUGCACAUCCGCCCCGAACGCUUCCUUCAAGAACGCACGACUUUGGGUACUUCCGAAAGUACCUCUCGAUCUAUUUACUUGGAGCUGGUGUACUUGGUGACGGCCUUGGUGCCCUCGGACACGGCGUGCUUGGCCAGCUCCCCGGGCAGCAGCAGGCGCACGGCCGUCUGGAUCUCCCUGGACGUGAUGCUCUCCUUGCGGCUGCGCUUGCGCUUCUUGCCGUCCUUCUUCUGCGCCUUGGUCACCGCCUUCUUCGAGCCUUUCUUCGGGGCCGGAGCUGACUUGGCUGGUUCCGGCAUAUUGAAGGGGGGCAAGGCUCGCGCCAAGGCCAAGAUCCGCUCUUCCCGGGCCGGGCUGCAGUUCCCCGUGGGCCGUGUGCACCGCCUGCUCCGCAAGGGCAACUACGCCGAGCGGGUCGGAGCCGGCGCGCCCGUGUACCUGGCGGCGGUGCUGGAGUAUCUGACCGCCGAGAUCCUGGAGCUGGCGGGCAACGCGGCCCGCGACAACAAGAAGACGCGCAUCAUCUCGCGCCCCCUGCAGCUGGCCAUCCGCAACGACGAGGAGCUCAACAAGCUACUGGCCUUUGGGUUUAGCACUACCUCCCGAUCCAUUUACUUGGAGCUGGUGUACUUGGUGACGGCCUUGGUGCCCUCGGACACGGCGUGCUUGGCCAGCUCCCCGGGCAGCAGCAGGCGCACGGCCGUCUGGAUCUCCCUGGACGUGAUGCUCUCCUUGCGGCUGCGCUUGCGCUUCUUGCCGUCCUUCUUCUGCGCCUUGGUCACCGCCUUCUUGGAGCCCUUCUUCGGGGCAGGAGCGGACUUGGCAGGCUCAGGUUUCUUGAGGUUUUCUAUGGCCCGUACGAAGCAGACGGCUCGCAAGUCCACCGGCGGCAAGGCGCCCCGCAAGCAGCUCGCCACCAAGGCAGCCCGCAAGAGCGCGCCGGCCACCGGCGGCGUCAAGAAGCCCCACCGCUACCGGCCCGGCACCGUGGCCCUGCGCGAGAUCCGCCGCUACCAGAAGUCCACCGAGCUGCUGAUCCGCAAGCUGCCGUUCCAGCGCCUGGUGCGCGAGAUCGCGCAGGACUUCAAGACCGACCUGCGCUUCCAGAGCUCGGCGGUGAUGGCGCUGCAGGAGGCCUGCGAGGCCUACCUGGUGGGGCUGUUUGAGGACACCAACCUGUGUGCCAUCCACGCCAAGCGCGUCACCAUCAUGCCCAAGGACAUCCAACUAGCCCGCCGCAUCCGUGGGGAGAGGGCGGGCGCAUCCCUGACCCCAUUCAAGGAGACGCUGGCAGCUGCUGGCAAGGAGUUGGGACUUAAUACCCUAGUGAGCAAGGGCGCCUUGAUGCAGACCAAGAGCGCCGGCCCCUACGACUACAAGCUCAACAGUAAAGCAUCCUGGAAAGCAAAGCCGAAGCCACCAGCUUUUAAAGUGUCUAGAGUUGGUGUCCUCAAACAGCCCCACCAGGUAGGCCUCGCAGGCCUCCUGCAGCGCCAUCACCGCCGAGCUCUGGAAGCGCAGGUCGGUCUUGAAGUCCUGCGCGAUCUCGCGCACCAGGCGCUGGAACGGCAGCUUGCGGAUCAGCAGCUCGGUGGACUUCUGGUAGCGGCGGAUCUCGCGCAGGGCCACGGUGCCGGGCCGGUAGCGGUGGGGCUUCUUGACGCCGCCGGUGGCCGGCGCGCUCUUGCGGGCUGCCUUGGUGGCGAGCUGCUUGCGGGGCGCCUUGCCGCCGGUGGACUUGCGAGCCGUCUGCUUGACAUGUCUGGUCGUGGUAAGGGAGGUAAGGGUCUGGGGAAGGGCGGCGCCAAGCGCCACCGCAAGGUCCUGCGCGACAACAUCCAGGGCAUCACCAAGCCCGCCAUCCGGCGCCUGGCCCGCCGCGGCGGCGUCAAGCGCAUCUCCGGCCUCAUUUACGAGGAGACCCGCGGCGUCCUCAAGGUGUUUCUGGAGAACGUGAUCCGCGACGCCGUCACCUACACGGAGCACGCCAAGCGCAAGACUGUCACCGCCAUGGACGUGGUCUACGCGCUCAAGCGCCAGGGACGCACCCUCUACGGCUUCGGGGGCUGAG